UUUUAUUGAGUUUGAUGUCGAUUUGUGUUUUUCUAUUAUUUCUUUUACAAAAUUAUACCAAACUCGAUGUGAAACUAGUGUAAGAAUAUGGCAAAUCAAGAAAUAAGUCUGAAAUGGAACGGUUAUCAGAGUAACAUAUUGACAAAUGUGAAAGAACUUUAUAGAGAUGAAGGGCUAUCCGAUGUUACUUUGGUUUCGGAUGGGCAGUGUUUUAAAGCUCAUAAAGUGAUACUAUCAGCAAACAGUUCCGUUUUCAAAUCAAUAUUUCAACAAAACCCCCACAAAGAUCCAAUUAUAGUGUUACAUGAUAUCAACACAGCCUCAUUAAAGACUUUGUUGACGUUUAUGUACAAUGGCGAAGUUAACGUGACUGAAGAAUUCCUUCCUAUUUUAUUGAAGACUGCUGAAAUAUUGAGGGUAUGUGGUCUGUCCACUGGGAGUGAAGCUGCCACCAAAGAUGAUGAGAAAUCGGCUGGACCAGUACAACCAAAAAAACGCAAGAAAAGUGAACAUGAAGAUAAUAAUAAUAAAUGCAAGAAAAUUUCUACAAAAGUCGAGACUCCGCCUAAUACAAGUAUUACAAUAGAUGCAUCAAACACUUCUAAUGUUGUCUUAAAAGUGGAACCAAUUGAUUCACCCCUCACCGAUUAUUCUGGAGAUAAUACUAAUGACACCGACAUUGCUUUACUUGAAGAGACAGAGAAAAAAUAUUGUAUCAAUAGUGAAAUAUCAACAAAAUCAGUUUGUACGACAGGACCUAAUAAUCGUAACAUUAAAAAAUGGAUAAGUGAAGUUAGCAGUACGCAACCCAGCUUGAAUUCUAAUGACAAAAACACAGUUAGCACUGAAGAUGACAAAGAUAGUUUGGAGAUUGAUAAAGAAGUUGAAACCGUUCUCCAAAGUGGAACAAUAGUAGAAUCAUUAAGCAUUACGACUGAGAAUUUGAAUGUGGUUUCUAGUGAGGCUCAAAAUUGUAAAGAUAAAAGUAAUACCUGUUAUGCGAAUCCUUCAUUUCCUUGUCCGUUUUGUCCACGAGUCUACAACAGUUGGGGGUAUCGAAGGAGACAUGUCAAAUCUAGGCAUCUCACUAACAAAUUGUCAUGUAAAUGGUGCGUGUCGGUACUGGCGUCGACCGGCGCGUGGUACUCGCACGCGACCAGAGCACACGGCGUCCCUCACGAGGAGGCGCGGAACUCGCUGGUGGUGAUGGUGGAAGCCCACGCCGUGCUCACCAUGAACGAGCCCAGCGUGACGCAGCUGCUGGGUCAGGUCAGCAUGGACGGCAGCGUCACCGACAAAAGCACAUAGGGUACGUCAUAUACAGCGUGUUCUUAUAUCUACGAUUUUGUCAUCUGUUGAUUUUUUUAUCAACAAGUUUUUUAGUUUAGAUCUUGGAGGUAACGUUUUGACAUUAAAAACACAAAAUCCAUCCGUUCAUUUUAACUAUUUUGCUCAUUGUAAUAAUAAUAGUAAUUCUCUUAACCGUAAAGAUUUUAAUGUACGCUUCUAAUUAUUAUUAACAAAAAAAUACUAUUUCGUAAUAUUGACAGUGAUAUUAUCUGGUCUUAUAAUUUAAUAUUAUAAUCUUAAGGUUCACUUUGGCAUUUAAGUGAGCACGGCUUAGAUGUAAAUUAAAUAUGACAGGAUAUAAUUUAGAUUUGUGUCAUAUAAGGGCACUAUGGCGAAUGUUAUAAAAACUAUGGAAGCUGAUACUGUACUUUGAUUUAAAGCUCUAUUUAUAAGAUGUUUAGCAUAUUUCCAGUGUAGUAUUUCACAAACCGUGAGUAGUAGCUUGGGCCAAAGAUGCCAUAAAUGAUGACAUGUGCCAUAGGAAUGUCACGAACACAGAUUCAAUGGUUUUCAAUAGCCUUAAAAUUAAUUGUGUGUUUUAAAUGCUUGUGAUCUCAUCGAAAAUAAGAGAUUAUGAAAGAAAAAAGUGUAUUGUGUUGUUUGUACUUUUAUAAUCAAA